UUUUUUCUGUUUUAGACCACUCUCAGCAACAAAAUAGUGUUCCAACGGGAUAUAAUUUAGUAAAUAAUGAUUAUAACCCUCCAGUAGAUGUACAGCCAGAAAUUCCAUACUCACGGUUUCGUCGAAAUAAGUUUGCUCAUAAAGAAUUUAACGACAAGUUUUUAAACAAUAUGUUUGGUCAUAAGUGCUCCGUUUGUGAUCGAUUGUGGUUUAAGUUAGAUUUAAAAUCACCACGUGCUGAAGAUGAACAAUUAUUAAGGGUAAUAGUUGAAAAUUACAAUACAGUUGAAGAUAUUUUACUGUGCAACACGUGUUACCAAGCAAUUGGGAGGAAAGUGAUUCCUAUAAUGUCUACUUAUAACGGUUUUAAAUAUGAAAAAAUACCUGAGGUUUUACCACCGCUUGACUUAAUUUCGGAAAGACUUGUCUCACCACGAGUUCCAUUUAUGCAAAUUCGACGGUUACGACAUGUUCAUGGGCAAUAUGGAAUUUAUGGACAAAUCAUUAAUGUACCAGUCGAGGUAAACAAUAUGGUAAAACUCUUACCCCGUAAUGUCGAUGAUGAUUACUGUAUUAACGUACACAUUAAAAGAAAAAUAAUACAUAGAUCAAGCUAUUUAAUGGGACUAGUUAAUAAAAGGACAAUUCGUGCAUGGCUUCAGUAUUUGCUUCAAACUCCACUUUAUUUAUUUUACGAUAUUAAAAUUGAUGAAAGCUUCUUCAACAAUAAUAGUAAUAAUGAAAUCGAUCUAGAAGAAAUGAGUGAAGAUAUACCGGUCGAAGAGAGUCUAACAGCACAACAGAAAACUCUACUUUGGAAUGAAGAUAUGUAUUUACGGAUCGCUCCUGGAGAAUAUAAUAUUCCCAAAAGUAUAAUUUUUGAUGAAAAUGCCGAAGAACUUUCUUUCCCAUCGAUUUAUUUGGGUCAUUUCCGAAAAUUCAGAGAGGGAGUAAAUGCAACACCGUUCGCAAUAGCAACUAGCGAAUUACGAAGAUCAGAUCGGCGUGGAGUUACUCCACAUCAUUUAUUAUAUCUAGCAAUGAAAAUUAUGAGGUUAAGAGUUCGUGACUCGCUUACGAUUGCAUUUAAACAUGUGGGAAAAAAUACUAAUAUUACACGGCAGCAAGUUGAGUCAGCUGACUACAUUAAUAAUUGUAUCGAAAGUAAUUUAGCUUUUUCUGCGCUCAAUACCAAAUUCAGUAUGGUAUUGGAGCGAUCGAAAGAGAUCUUUUGCGAUGAUUCGGCAACUAGGAAAACCUACGAUGUUUCUUACUUUGAGUGCCAAUGA